CAUAGUCAUGUAAUACAUUAAAAAAAAAAUCUUCAAGUAUAAAAUUAAAAAUUAUUUUCAAACUUGUUGGCGGUCUGAAAACAGCUUAAGUUACACCUUUCAAAAAUAAAUCAUUUAACUUAUUGGAAGUUGUCUAUCCAUAGUAAAAAUGGCUCUUGAUUUAACCAAUAUAGGUGCUAUGAAAGUUGUUAGUUUGCCCGGCGGAGAGACAUUGGAAUUGAAAAAUUUCUGGCAAGAUCAAAAUGUGGCCAUAGUUUUCUUUCGGCGUUGGGGAUGUAUUUUCUGUCGGCUUUGGGCUAAAGAGCUUGAUGAUAUUGCACGGGUUCUCAAGAAUAACAACAUACGUUUCAUCGGUGUGGGUGUCGAGGAAGCGGGUUCCAAAGAAUUUAUCGACGGAAAGUAUUUCGAUGGCGAACUCUACUAUGCUCAAGAUCGCUCAAUUUACCAGAAACUAGGAUUCAAGAGAUUCAACGUGGUGACAAUUCUCACUUCGUUGCUAUGGAAACAGUCAAGGGAGGCCAUCGCUAAAGGAAAUAAGAUGGGUCUAGGUGGGGAUACGAAAGGAGAUUGGGUGCAAACAGGUGGGAUGUUGUUGAUCGAAAAGGGCGGGAAGUUGAUAAACCAUUUCAAACAGAAUGGUCCGAGCGAUCAUUUGUCAAAUGAAGAAAUUUUAAAGUGUUUUGGCUUAGAGCAUGAAUACAAUGCCGAGACUAUGGCCAAUAAGAAACGCGAAGACAUGGAAUGCAGCAGGGAUUCCAAGUAAUCGGUAGAUCAGCAGUUAGUAUCACCACAAUAGACAUCAUAAAUAAAAUCAAUACAUUUCUCCCAUUCGUCUUAUAGACGUAUUAUAAACCUAAAUAAGUUAUGUUAUUUAUUGUCGCGUUUAUUUGUUGUAAAGGGACUGUAGAAUGCUAAAAACAUUGUCUAUUUGAGAUUUGUAAUACGUUUAUGAAUAAAUGACGCUGUAUAUGGAACGUGUAACGUAAAAUAAGUACGGAAAAUAUAUCGAUAAUUUUACAGAAUAUUUUUAAAAAGUUUCCAUUAAAACUAGAACUAGAGUUAUUUUUUUAACAAUUGACAGUUUAACUAUUCAACUCCGGAACUUUGCUCUUAAAACGAUGUAGUCUUAGUACGAAAUUCCACCAACCAACGGCCCUUGCUUAUUUGUAUAUUUUUGGGCAGGUUAUCUCCGUUUAUAUUGUAAAAAAACCCUUGUUUUUAAAUUAAAGUAAAAACUCGAAUGUACGCAUGUGUUUCUAAUAUAUACAUAUAGGAUAGCGUCGUGCUUCAUACAUUUUGUAUGAAUAAUACUAUCUGGCAGCACUGGUGCUAUGUUGCCGUCUCAUCGCGUUCCGUAGGCAACGACAUCAGUUUGCGUUAGAAUAUACUAUGACAUAGUAGUUAUUUGACUUGCCGCAAGAUGGCGCUGUAAUUAUGUAUAUAUGCUGUAAAUGUAUAACUCUGAAUUAAAAUGGCACAGUAUAUUGAAGUUCAGUUACAAAUUGUGACGUUGCUCUUAAUUUUCAGGUUUUUAUGAUAUAGCCCUUUGCACAAUUAUUCUAACAUUCUUUAAAUGUAGUAUUGUAAUAAGUUGUAUUUUUAUAUUUUACUAAAUUCUCUUAAUUUAAUAUAUUAGUAAGUGAGAAGUGUUUAUUAAAAAUUAUAUUAUCAAAAAAUAAUCGACCAUGGCUUGAGUUCAUUAAUUCGAAUUUAAUUACUGAAUGGCCUACUGAGUUGCGUAAAAUAAUUAAAACUGUUUUAGAAAAGAACCCUUAUUAGAUAUUUUAAACUUUCAAUUCUUCACACAGAAGCGAAAUCCUAAACCCUGGCUUCAGUGCCUUGCUGAAUGUCCUUUAGCUCCCAUACAUAUGAUAUGGGCUGAAAGAAGAUGUAAAAGUAGUCAAGUUUAGACAAUAUUGCCAUCUGAAAAAAUUAUUGAAUGUGGACAAGGC